CACAUGCAGGCGUGGGAGAUCGCCCAUACGCGGAAGGACCCCAAGCCUGGCGAGCCCAAGUACUACGGCAAGAAGACCGCAGGGAGGAAGAAGGCCUACUCCGAAGCGUAUCUGAAGUUACAUCCUGACACACCUGACCCCAUUGCGGCGCCUCUGGACGACAUGGCGGUGGUGAGGAUGGGGCCCAAGGAGCACGGUCGGGAGGCGGUUCUCGAUGCUGUGAUCACUCCUAGUAUCUCCUACACACAGCUUCGUCGGAUCGACCCGAGCCUGAGCCAGCGCACGAGCCAGCCAGUGACCAGUACACAGUCCCUCUUUCAGGAGCAACAAUCUGCCUACCUGGAGUACACACGCCAGGAGACCAUGGCGUGGCAUCAGAGGCUUUAUGAACACCAAGUGCAGAGGGAUAGCCAGAUGCAGCAGGCUUUUCAGGAUAUGGCGGCCGACAGGUGUCCUCAGUUCCCUCUAGCACAAUGCCCACCAGCACAACCAGUGCUGAUGAGCUUUGAGGAGUUUGUGGCACAGAACACAGGCCCCUCGCUGGUGGAUCUACCGUUGGCGGUGGUCUUUGCAGCACUCCGGAGACACGGAGCCCGACCACUCCGAUCCACGGAGGCGGAGGCGGAGGUGGAGGCGGUCUUGGCAGUAGCGCUGCCGCUAGCAGUGACGACCUGGGCUUUGGCGGUCUUGGCGGUGACGACCUCCGUGGUGCUCGACGUCCUGGCGCUUAAGCCUUUGGGUCACAUUGUGGCGGUCUUGGUGGUGAUGAUACUUAUAUGCUUGUGA